UUCCUGAAUGACGUAGUUAGCGGAACGCGGAAGUGAGGUAUCUGUGAUGUGUACGAGAGCAAAAUGAUCGCAGAUCUGUUGAUAUUCGGGACCUUACUGGUGAAUGCAGGGGCUGUGCUGAAUUUUAAACUAAAAAGGAAGGAGUCCCAGGGAUUUGGAGAUGAGUCCAGAGUGCAAACAACAGGCGACAACAUCAGAGAGUUCCUACUCAGCCUGCGAUACUUUCGGAUCUUCAUCGCUCUGUGGAACAUCUUCAUCAUGUUCUGCAUGAUUGUAUUAUUUGGAUCAUGAUCAACGUCUGCAGAGACCACAAUCUCACCUUUUCAAGAUGGGACGGUCUAAACUUCUCCUUGAUAGAACUUUUCUGUUGCUUUUUGGUCAUUUUAAACUCUAACUGUACUCCAUUUUAUUUACCAGUUUACAUUUCUAAAUCGGCUUCUGGCUGCACAGGAAUGAAUGAGUCUCUGUAAAUAUUUUGUUUCACAGAAGGUGACACAUUUUAACCUUUUCUGUUAAGGCUGUAAUAAUAUAACAGGCCUGCCCUCUACUGGUCAUGUGUGGUCAUUUGCUCUUGUGCUUGUUCAGUAGAAUGAGGCGUUUUCUUCAUCAACACCAGGGUUUAACUUGAUUACACUUUAGAACAUGUUUUUCUGAGGCUUAUUUGAUGUCUAUCAUCAUUUAAAGGUCCUGCUCUAUCUUAAAACCUCACAUAGAUACUGUAGAGCUAGCUGGUUAGCCAUUGGUUAUUUGCAUCUUCUGAUGAUAAAUGGUAUUUUCUUUGUUCUGGGGGCACCCUUGCUGUAAGUAAAUAUACAUAUGCACUAUAAUAUAAAUGUGUCCUUAUUCUUAACAAUAAAAAUACAGUUUUCUUA